UAAUUUGUCCCAAAAAAUCAUUAUUUAUAUAAGUGCGGACAGGUAUAUAUAUAUGAUCGUGAAAAGAAAAUAAGAUAUUCUAUUAAGCCCCUCUACAUUGUGUUAAAUUACAAUGAUCCUACCAGCGUUAUGAUCAUAUCAGCGUUGGCGAGGGUCAUUUGAAAUGAUACUUAAGAUGACUUUUAAUGGUGUCAAUCUUUCUUUAAAUUUUAUAGCGCAAAUAACCAAAGUCAUUUUGAAAAAUGGCAAAUUUGACCACAACAAUUGCCAUUAUGAGUUUGACAUUAAGAAUGUCAAGCUAAAUACGAAACCAUACGAAACAAUAUGGAAUGUUUGGAACCAUACUACACAUAUCUCUCCUAGUAAGUAUGAAAAAUAAGAUUUUUCUUGGGGCAAGCCGGCAAGGCUCUGGCAAGGCAUCCAGGCAUCCUUUGAAUAAAAAAACUCCACAAGCCUCGGAUCCUCUUAAGAGCAGUUACAAUAACUUUAAGUUAUUGGUAUAAUAAAUGAUAAUGAUUUAUUAUAAGAAUAAUCGGUGGCGAAAUGAUAAUUUGAGGUUUGGGGGUUUUGGGAUAGCUUAACCGUUAUAGUAAUAAGCUUUAGUAUGGUGAACUGUCGGUAAACCAUAAAUUUGAUCAUUGGCGGCAAAAAAGAAUAAUCAAAUUUAUUUUUAAAAAUAAAAGAAAAGGGAUUUUUUAAAAAAAAGGUAAGAACAAAAAAGCAUAUGAAAUAUUUACUUUUUAAUAGAAUUUUUUAAUAGAAAAUGAUGGAAAGCGGGAAAAAGGAAUGAUCAAAUUUAAAAAAAAAGAAAAAGGGAGAAAAGAGAUUUUUUUUAAAAAAAAAGGUAAGA